AUGAGUGAUGCUCUUAUGGAUGUGGACUUAUGGGACAUACUCCUCCCCGUUGACUUUAUCAUGAGCCCACCAUGGCGAAUCUCCGAGAAGACACUUGGUAUUAAAGGUCUCCUUACCAGCCACAAUCUCCUCCCAAUGUCGAUCCGCAUUCUCAGCCUCACGCCAGAGAAUAUGGACCUGUACAAGCUCAGGGCCUCCCUCGACGGGUAA